AUGUCUUCAACUUUGCCGGAAGCCAAAUGUCUACCAAUUCCAAAAAAUAAUACCGCUUCUGACGCAAGCCAGGAUCCAAAUUGUGAUUCAAUUAUAACAAUAGACAACCCCCUUACUGCCAAUGCUAGUGAAGAGCACGACAAAACUAAUACAACAUCCCCUGACACCCCUUAUUCUAUACUUACAGCAAGAAAGAAAGCAAUAAUUGUAGUAAUUAUAUCUUUAUCGAGUUUUGUCAGCGCAUUUUCAGCAAAUAUAUAUUAUCCAGCCUUAAAAGUCAUCCAAAAUGAUUUGAACAUCACCGAAAGAAUGGUUUAUCUCACUGUAACUGUAUAUAUGAUCUUUCAAGGAUUAUCCCCUUCAUUUUGGGGAAGUCUAGCCGAUAGCUGGGGAAGGCGCCCAGUGUAUAUUAUGACAUUUUUGAUCUAUAUUUUCGCUUGCAUUGGUCUAGCGUGUACUAAAAAUUAUGUGACCUUGCUUAUUCUGAGAAUGUUGCAGGCCUUUGGCUCAAGCUCUGCAAUCGCUGUUGGAGCCGGUAUCAUAGGUGAUAUAGCUACGCCUAUGGAGAGAGGAGGAUAUAUGGGGUUAUUUUCAAUGGGUACAAUGCUCGGACCACUUUUGGGACCUGUACUAGGUGGUAUUGUAAGUUAUAGGCUAGGCUGGAGAUGGAUAUUUUGGGUACUGUCAAUGCUGGUAACACCACUUUGGUUUGCAAUUGUACUUUUCUUACCUGAAACUUUGCGGGCAUUAGUGGGAGACGGAUCUGGCUAUGCAAAUCCUACGCCAUUACAAUAUUGGAGAAGAGAACGAAAAAUAGCAAGUAAACAAUUGGAGGACAUUGAAAAACCACCCAGAAGCCGAUUUCUUGUACUACCAAACCCUUUUCAAUCUUGGGUUUAUUUAAAGGAGAGAGUUGUUUUAAUCAUACUUUUGUACAACUCAUUACAAUAUGCAGGACUCUAUUGUGUGAUUACAAGUGUUACAGAUCUGUUUAGUAAUGCAUAUGGUAUCAACGAAGUUCAAGUGGGUUUGUGUUUUUUAUCAAACGGAGUCGGUGCUUCUUUAGGCUCAUACACCUCAGGACGAAUACUCGAUUGGAGAUUUAAGACGAUUGCAAAGUCUCUUGGGAUUGAUGAAAAAAAUGCUAACAGUAAUAUACCUGAAGAUUUUCCAAUCAAAGAAGCAAGGAUGGGUAUAACGUGGAUCUGGGGUAUUGCAUUUAAUGUCGCAAUGAUUGCGUAUGGCUGGAGUUUAUUUUAUAAAAUCCACAUAGCUGUUCCCAUUAUACUGAAUUUUAUAUUAUCAUUCACCGCAACCUCAACGUUUAAUGCGACAAAUACACUUCUUAUUGAUCUAUUUCCGAAUAAUUCGGCAGCAAUAAUUGGAUCCAACAAUCUAACAAGAUGCUUACUAGGUGCUGGGGCAGUAUUGACAGUUCAGCCAGGAGUCCAUUUAAUGGGGAUUGGGUGGUUUUUUACAGCGAUGUCUUUAUUUUUGCUUAUAACAAGGGUUACUAUGGCGUUCCUGUGUUUCCGACCAGUUUCUUCAAAAAAAGUUUAA